AUGCUUGAGAUAGCCGAAAGGCUUGAUGACCACAAACAACUCCCUGAGAUCUUUCACGGGUUGGGCAGUGAACCAGAGAACCAGUGUCACUCGAAAAAGCUGACACACAAUGACUAUGCUGUCGGGUGGAUCUGUGCAUUGUUUGAAGAGCAGACUGCUGCCACUGCUAUGUUAGACCAGGAGCAUCCCGAUCUCCCUACGCCGCCGGAUGAUCCGAACACGUACACCCUUGGGUCUAUUGGGGAGCACAAUGUCGUCAUAGCUUGUCUACCAGAAGGAAGGAUGGGUAAUAAUGUAGCGGCCACUUUUGCGACUCAGAUGGCGCGCACUUUUCCAUCCAUCAGGAUCCGCUUGAUAGUAGGCAUUGGUGGUGGCAUCCCUUCCAAAGUCAAACUCGGAGAUGUCGUGAUCAGCAUUCCUGUGGACCAGUAUCCAGGAGUUGUUCAAUGGGAUCUUGGCAAAGCAGAAGGUGGCGGGAAAUUCAGGCGUACCGGUGCUUUGAACAGCCCUCCAAGCGUACUUUUGACAGCCGCGGCCAAAGUAAGAACCAGGAACAGGCUCAAGAAACAUACUUUUCUACCCCAAUAUCUAGAAGAGAUGGGCAAAAAUUGGCCAGAUUUGGUGCCACAAUACAUUGAACCACCUUCUUCGGGGCUAGCCAAUUCUCAGGAAGAAGUGAAAAUGCCACGAUCUGUCAUUUAUGUCAUAUGGGAUAUAAUCCUGGCGCUUUUUGGCUACCUCUUGGGAUGGCAAAUCUUAGCCCCCGUGGAUGGUGGUCGCGAGCUGGUCCGGUUGGCUCAGACCCCAAAGCAACAGGGAGCUGUUGAGGUGCAUUGCGGUCUGAUAGCCUCCGGCAACCAAGUCAUUAAAGAUGCCAAGGUUCGUGAUGGUAUCAAUGAGCACCUCGGAGGAAAAGUCUUGUGUGUUGAGAUGGAGGCAGCAGGGUUGAUGAAUGACUUCCCCUGCAUUGUCAUACGGGGAAUUUGCAAUUAUGCCGAUAAAUGGAAAAAUGACGAAUGGCAGCCAUAUGCUGCAGCUGUGGCUGCGGCAUGUGCGAAGGCCGUUCUGAAGUAUGUGCAGCCAAGUCAUGUCGCCGGGGAGCACCCGUUAAGAGAUAUCCUAAGCCAAGGUUAG